AUGAAGAGCAGUAGUAUAUCAUCAUUCAAUCUUAUAUAUAUAGUGUUGUUGGUCAUUCUGCCGUUGACAAUCAACAAUGUGUCACCAGUGUCGGCUAACUUCUUUGAUGACUUUUGGAAGCCAGUGUUCACAAAGGCACCAAAGUUCUCUUCAUCACAACUCUAUCAGUUGCCAUCAAUAGGAUACCAAGGUUAUGAUGGCAAAGUCAUGGCCUUUGGCGACUUUAAUGCAGACAAAUACUUGGAUGCAUUCUUUGUAUACUCAAACAAAUCAACAUUGCAGGUAUUCUUUUGGAAUAUGAGAGAGUGGAGAUAUGAUCCAUCAGACGUGAUCAUCAGUAUGGCACAGAAUGUAACUAUCACAAAUGUUAUCCCAGGUGACUUCACUUAUGAUGGUUCACUGGACAUCAUGCUACAGGGUCUGUUGGCGGAUGGCACACCAUUCCUCUACCUGUACAACGGUCACUUGACCACUGUGUCAAGCUACGUUUCUCUGCCACCCGCCUACGACCAGGCGCUGGCACUCGAUGUCAAUGGCGACCUGCGCAUCGACCUGCUCAGCGUGGACGACAAUGGCACACGCACACUCUGGAUCAACCAGGAGCAGGGUCACUUCAUCACGGUGGCACAGAGCAGCGAGAUUCCUCUGCGGCCAAUGGCCAGUCCACACUCCAACUCGUUCGUCGAUUUGAAUGGAGACUGUGUGGCCGAUAUGUUCAUCACGAGUCUUGCCGCCGAUGGCACACUCCAAGGCGAGAUCUGGUUGAAUCAAAAGUCCAAUGGCUAUAUCUUCACCACUACACUCAAAUUCCCUCCUGGCACUGGUCAGAUCACCUUUGCAGACUUUGAUGGCGAUGGAGACUUGGAUAUGGUGUACCCGGUUUGCUAUCCAGCAGGAACCUGUUCAGAGGUCAACGAGUUGUACUUGGUGUACAACUCACAGAAGCCAGUAUGCCCAAGCUCGUUGUUCUCCAAUCCAGCCAAGUGCAGACCACAGAAUCAACUGUGCAUGGUCGAUCCAAACUUCCAAUUCUCAAAUACUACUGGUCCAGAUGGAGUAACACAAAUCAUUCCAAUGUCAGCAUUUGGUGGAUAUGCAUUCUAUUCCAAUCUUGAACAGUCCAUUCCAAACAUUAUUCAUUAUGGUGAUUACAACAUUGAUGGCUAUCCAGAUAUCUUGAUCUCUUUGUACAAUCCAAAGAACAGCAGCGAGCCAAACCACGUUGAGUUGUGGCAGAAUGUUGGAUGCACCGCUCAGCUGUGUGGCAAGGGCGUGACGGGCCGCACAUUCACCAAGGUGACGAGUGGCACCGAUGCCCUCACCAGCAUCCCCUACGCCUACACCGCCGCCUUUGUCGACUUUGGCGAGAUUGGCAAUGCCGACAUCAUGGUGUUGAUCAGAUAUCCAAACGGCACCGAGGCCACCCAGGCAGUCUUUAACAACUACUACAACGAUGCUUUCUUCUUCAAGACUCUGGGCCUGAACGGAGUGUGCACCAGCGUGUGCCCCACCGGCCACAAGUUCCCCGACCCCAAGCCAUACGGCGUCAACUUCCCGGGCGGCACGUUUAAGUUCAUCUUUAGUGACAUGAGUGGCACGACACACAUGCAGAUUGGCGCGCAGCUCUAUCAGUCGGCGUACAUGUCGCUGCAGACACCCUACAACUUCUUUGGUCUGGGCCGCACCAGUAACUACAUCGACUACCUGUUCUACGGUGUCACACUCAAUCAGACCGUCAGCUACAACAGCUGGAUCGGCACCAUCCCCAACUCUCAGAUCGUUGCCAUCCCCUACAAGCCAAGCACUCCAACCUCUUGGACACUGGAACUCUUUAUCAAUCCAAGUGGUAUCUUCUUCUGGGUAAUGAUUGCAUUCUUUGUCGUGAUCAUCUUCUUCUCCAGCGUUGCCUUUGCACUCUACAAGCGAGAGAAGGCCCAAGACGAGAAGCUUAAGCAAGAGCAAGCUCAUCUGUUCUCAUUCAAUGCACUCUAG